AUGCCUCGGGGUCAGAAGAGCAAGCUCCGUGCCCGUGAGAGACGCCGCCAGGCCCGAAGUGGAACCCAGGAGCUCAAGGGCGCUCAGGCCACCGCAGCAGAGGAAGCAAAGUCAUCUUCCUCGUCCUCUUCUGUUGUGGGGGGUACUCCGCCAAGUUCCCCUGCUUCUGGCUUCCCCCAGGAGUCUCAGAGGGCCCCACCCGCCACCGUUGCUGGGGCAGGUGUUUCCUUCAAAAUAUCUGAUAAAGGUGCCAAGAGCCAAGGUGAGGAAAGAGAAAAUCCUCUCCAGGCCUCAGCCUCCAGUGAGGGCUCAGGUAAAGAUCCCAUAAAUAGGAAGGCAGGAAUGCUGAUGCAGUUCCUCCUGGAGAAGUAUAGAAAGAAGGAGCCCAUUAUGAAGGCAGAAAUGCUCAAGGUGGUCAACAGAAGGUACCAGGAGCACUUCCCGGAGAUCCUUAGGAAAGCCUCUGAGCGCCUGGAGUUGGUCUUUGGCCUUGAUCUGAAGGAAGUCAACCCCAGCAAUAAUUCCUAUGCCGUUGUCAGUAAGUUAGAGCUCAAUGAUGAUGGGAGCCAGAGCACUUGCUGGGGCUUCCCCAGGAACGGGCUUCUGAUGCCCCUCCUGGCUGUGAUUUUCUUAAAUAACAACUGUGCCCCAGAGGAGAAGAUCUGGGAAUUCCUGAAUAUUUUGGGGGUGUAUGAUGGGAGGAAGCACUUAAUCUUUGGAGAGCCCCGAAAGCUCAUUACCCAAGAUCUGGUGCAGGAAGAAUAUCUGGAGUAUCAGCAGGUGCCCAACAGUGAUCCUCCUUGCUACCAAUUUCUGUGGGGCCCUAGAGCUUAUGUUGAAACCAGCAAGAUGAAAGUUCUGGAGUUUUUGGCCAAGGUCAAUGAUACCGUCCCUACUGCCUUCCCACUCCAUUAUGAGGAGGCUUUGAGAGAUGAAGAAGGGAGAGGCCAAGCUAGAGCUGCAGCCAGGUCUGGCACUAUGGCCAUAGCCAGUGGAAGUUCUAGGGCUAGCCCCAGCUCCUCUGGCCGCCGCCUGUGA